CGACCUGUCUUGGAACGGAAACUGACGCCAUGUUUGCGCAGUCAUCUGUCGGAUAACGAUAAGCAUAUUACAGUAAAUUACAUUAGGAGGCGUUUUGGCUUUGUCUCGAACGAUCAAAAAGAUAAACUUGGAAUUUACAACGUCACAUCGUUGCCAAAAUAUCUGAAGCAUCUCCGAACAUCUUAUAUAUUAUUACAUGUGACUUAUCUGACGACCUACAUGACAUUUUUCAUUAUUCAAUGGCACACCCGUCAUUUUGUUAACGAGGCAUCGUGGACGAUUGUGUACGGUAUAUUUAGCAUUCUACAGCAUUCAACGUAUUGACAGAGUGUGGUUGUUUCUAACUGAAAGAAGCUUUGACGGACUUUUUAAUCGUUGGAAGUACCCCGUACGCCUGACAUCUUAUACGGAAAAUACAACACAAGAAGAAUUACUUCUACAAAAAUGAAGUCGACAUUUUUUGUCUCUCUUAUUUUGAUGACAGUGAUGAACCACGUGUCUACUCAGAGUUGGAGUUACCCAUUAUCACCAAACAUGCCGAAUGUUUGCUCUUCCCAAACACGAGCUGUAAAUUAUCAAACGGUUCCUGAAAGAAAGUUAAUUACAAGAAAUGUUCGUGUCUUACAGCCAGGAUGUAUUAAACCAAAGGAACUUUGUUAUACAACACAAUUACGCACAUUCUACUAUACGACCUAUCGAAGGCAACCGGUUCAAGAUCGUACACGUUAUCAAUGUUGUCCCGGUUGGUCUCAAUACCCUGGGCGAUCAGGCUGCUCGUUGAGUUCGUGUACAUUGCGUCCAUGUUUUCACGGUGGUCGAUGUACAGGAAGUGUAACUGGAUGUGUUUGUCCCCGAGGAUUUCAAGGAGCACAAUGUCAAUACGACGUUGACGAAUGCAAGAAAAAAAAUGGUGGAUGUGAGCACAAUUGUUGCAACACUGCGGGUGGUUAUUACUGCACGUGCAAUGCUGGUUACGCCUUGAAAAUUGAUAAGAAAACUUGUGCUGAUAUAGACGAAUGCAGUGAGUCUAAGAGUGGAUGUAGUCAUAUUUGUGUGAACCUGCCAGGCUCUUUUGAAUGCCGCUGUCCAGCAGGCCUGACUCUUGGCACUAAUAAAAGGACUUGUUCAGGUUCGUCGAAUUCUAGGGAAUCAGCAGAUAGAGGCAUCACUCUAUAUAGAAGGACAAACCUUGAUUACAGAAGUGAGCGUCGUCAACCAAGUGAUUUGCACUCUUGGUUAACAAACAGUUGUAACAAGAAAAAUGGUGGCUGUAAAGGAAUUUGUCGUGAAACGUACUACGGAGUUAAGUGCUCAUGUGAAACUGGGUUUACAUUGGCAAACGAUUAUGUCUCUUGCACAGAUGUUAACGAGUGUAAAGGAGACAACGGGGGAUGCCAUCAGUUGUGUUUUAACAGUGAAGGCUCAUUUACAUGUGGUUGUCAAUCGGGUUACACUUUAGCUGACGAUAAGAAAACUUGCAAAAAACAUUAUCCAUGCAGUUCCCAAAAUGGAGGAUGCGACCAUACCUGCGUCAUUGUGAAUGAUUACACCGAGAAAUGCAUAUGUAACAGAGGAUACAAACUUUUGUCUGAUGGAAAGUCUUGCGCUGAUGUAAACGAGUGUAGUAAUGGUAAUGGAGGCUGUCAGCAUUAUUGUCGAAACACUGCAGGCUCAUUUUCAUGUUUAUGCAAAGAUGGCUUUCAGAGAAACUUUGCAGACUCUCGUGUUUGCGUUGAUGCUGAUGAAUGUACAAACGGCGUGGCGAGAUGUUCUCAAAAAUGUGUCAACUUGGAGGGAUCAUAUCGAUGCGAAUGCGAAGAGGGUUUUGAGAAAGAAAGUGAUGGAUUAAAUUGUAGAGCGAUUCCUACGACCACGGUUGUGACAGAAAUACCUGGAAGCGGUGAAGUAAAAAUCGAGAGGGAAGAAUUAGAACAAAAACACAACAUCAAUGAUUCAGUCAAUUUUCCAGUUUCACGCUGUCCACCAGGAAGAUUUGGAAGUCAAUGCACGCUGACAUGCGCAGACUGUAUGAAUGGAGCGCUAUGUGACCUUGAAAACGAAACUUGCGUGUGUGCUGCUGGGUAUUUUGGCGAACUCUGCGCAGAUCAAUGCCCGCAUGGAUAUUUUGGAGAGAACUGUCUUGAGGAAUGUAUAUGUUCAAAUAAUACCAUGUGUGAUCACGUCAAUGGAAAAUGCUUUUACAACUGCCCUGAUGGAUUUACUGGUGAAAACUGCACUGACUACUGCUCUCCUGGUACCUACGGCUUGGGAUGCGCCGAAAUUUGUCAAUGCAACAAGAACAAAAUAUGUCGAUCGACAGAUGGAAAAUGCUUGUGUCCUCGUGGGACUACUGGAUCGAAUUGUGAAGAAGUUUGCCCACUUGGUACGUACGGGGAUGAAUGUGAAAAGACUUGUAAAUGUGUGGACAAUAUUGAUUGUAAUCCAAUCGAUGGCGAAUGUCUUUGUCCUGCCGGGAGAAUUGGUACUAAAUGUGAAAAAGUUUGUCCUUCUGGUACGUUUGGUAUCGGUUGUCAAGAGUUGUGUGAAUGUAUUGGUGGGGAAUUAUGUGAUUCUGCAACGGGAAAAUGUAAUUGCACAGAGGGAAAAAAAGGAUUUCACUGCGAAAAAGAUUGUGAAGCAGGAGAGUACGGCCAAGGAUGUCUGGGAACAUGCAGCUGUUCACCAGAGCAACGCUGCAAUCCAGUCACUGGGGAUUGCUUGUGUCCACCAGGACGUUUUGGUACACAUUGUGAAAAUGAAUGUCCACCAGGUCUCUUCGGAUUGAACUGUCUCGAAUUUUGUAAAUGUCAAGGAAGCUGUGAUCCUGUAACCGGACGAUGUUCGUGUCCCGCUGGUAAAACUGGAGAAAACUGUGAAUUGGAGUGUCCUUCAGGAACAUUUGGGGAGUAUUGUGUGCGCAAUUGUUCCUGCAACCCAGACAUACCUUGUGAUCCUGUCAGUGGAGAGUGUAUUUGCCCUCCUGGAUGGAAGGGUCCCAGCUGUAACGAAAAAUGUGAUGAAGGAACAUAUGGACAGGGAUGUCAGUUCAAAUGUCCAGUAUGCACGGGAAAACAUGAAAAGUGUCACCACAUUCGCGGUGAAUGCAUUAGAGUUUGUCAACGUGGUUAUUACGGUGAGAAUUGUGACAAAAAUGUCCAUGUGAAUCACAUUCAAAAUGUGAUCCUUAUAACGGAACAUGUUGGUGUGCCCUGGGAUAUACUGGACAUCGGUGUAGCGCAGAAUGUCCACAAGGCACAUUCGGUCAUGAAUGCAGGUAUAAUUGCACCUGUGAAAAUGGUGCCAGUUGUGAUCACGUGAGCGGUAGGUGCUCAUGUGAGGCUGGUUGGAUUGGCUCGAAUUGUGAAGAAACGUGCCCUGAAGGCUGGUACGGUAAAUUAUGCCUAUCACGUUGUCUUUGUAAGAACAAUGCAACAUGUGACCGCUCCAAAGGCACCUGUACUUGUGGACCUGGCUUUCAUGGUGAUAUUUGCGACCAAGAAUGCCCGUUUGGCACACAUGGCUUGCAGUGUAAAAAUGAAUGCAGUUGUGAGAAUGGUGGUCUAUGUGAUACAGUUACUGGUCAAUGCAAUUGUGGGCUUGGUUGGACGGGAAAAUUUUGCGAGCAAG